AUGCACCUUGUUGGCCUAGAAGCUUUGGCGAAGAGCAGAGGUGGCAUGGAAGCGCUACUCGGCCAUCAACUGACAUUGAAGUUUUACUUCUUGGCAAGUUAUCCCAAAUCUAAUAGUAAGAGCCCACUCGUUAUUCUAACUGUUCACAGGGUUGACAUUCUCUGUUCUAUUGCCAUGGAAUCAAAACCACGCUUCGUCGAGCUCGUAGACCAUGUUAUUCCUCCUUCCUUUGAUCUUCAAAGCUUGGAACCCAUUAGUCCGCUUGCCGAACGAUAUGAAACCCAGUUGUAUAGUCUCACAGGCAUGCAAGAGCUGAGCCAUGAGACAAUAGAGAUCUACUGUAUCUUACGGCACCUGAUCGCCAAGGAAGAGAGGAAUGGUCCCUCGCUGAAACCGAGGACCACAGAAGGGGGAACAUUCGAAUGGCUACGCGGAUACCCUGAUCCGCUCGUGCACCGACUUAUCGCCCUUGCCCAGUACCAACUUCCGCAGUCACCAAACCAAAAUAAUGCCGUAAUUUACAAAUUGUUUGGCAACGCAGGUUUAGCGCAUAUUGCGAUGUUGACGCGCAAUGGGCCACCAUGGGCCUACGUACCCAAAUUAAUAUCGUCACGGGUACGAACAAUGUCGACGCGAAUAAGGACAUGUCCGGAGGAGACAAAUUGUCUACGACCCUUACAGGAAGUAUACCCUGAAAUGUUGCUUUGGAUCAUUAUGAUGGGUGGGCUGGGUAGCAUCGGGACUGAAGAACAGGAGUGGUUUUCUGAACUCCUUGCGGAGUUGUGUUUUGCUACUGAUAUUGUAGGGACGGCUGAGCUGGCUAUGUUCUUAAAGGAGUUUUUGUGGAGUGAUUUCUAUCUUGAUCAUAGUUUCAAAGAGUUCUGGGAUGCGGUUGCAGUGGCACGGGAUGUGGAAGCUGACUUGGGAACGAAACAAGCUCGUAGUCCUUUAGACAAGGUCUGGGAAGUAGACUAG